UGGUCUCCUAACCUGUUACGAAAAGUCAAAUCUAACAAAAGCCGUAUCCUCUCUAGUCAAAACCAACAAAAAGCGGAAACAAAAGAAAUCGCAAAUUUCUAGAAACAAAUUUUGGUGAGCUGGGCAGAGAUACAGGCAUACAACUGACAGCUUUCACUGUUAACACCAUACACCUAACUCAGGAGGGCUGACAUGGCUUUGAAAAGAAUACAGAAGGAGCUACAUGACUUGCAAAGGGACCCUCCUGCUCAAUGCUCAGCUGGACCAGUUGGAGAGGACUUGUUUCAUUGGCAAGCCACAAUCAUGGGACCUACUGACAGCCCAUAUCAGGGAGGAGUGUUCUUCCUCACCAUCCACUUCCCAACAGACUAUCCCUUCAAACCACCAAAGGUAGCCUUCACAACGAAAAUCUAUCACCCAAACAUAAACAGUAAUGGUAGCAUCUGUCUGGACAUCCUGAGGUCACAGUGGUCCCCAGCACUUACAGUUUCAAAAGUUUUAUUGUCCAUAUGCUCUUUGCUAUGUGACCCAAACCCAGAUGACCCCCUAGUUCCAGACAUAGCACACAUCUACAAGCAGGACAAAGAAAAGUACAACAGAUUAGCAAGAGAUUGGACUCAAAAGUAUGCAAUGUAAAGGACUGAAGUUUGAGACAACGGAAGAAGUUUAAGCAAAUUAACUUCAUGGACACUUCUGAAAACAGUACUGUUGCCACCCCUCAUCCACACUGGUUCAAGAAGUGUUGUAUAUGGGAAGCACUUUCUAUCCCCAAAUUAACUGCUUUUAUGCUAUGAAGUCAUUAUUUUCCUUUUGUUUGACGUUCCCAAUGUUAUAUAACUUAUUAUUGAGUUAUUUCUGAGAUGACCCAUACAAAAACAGACCAAUUAUGACUCCACCCCCUCCAUCUUAUAGUUUUUUUUCUCCUUUUAGAGAUUUUUAUUGUGUAGUAUAAAGCUAUACUGAAUCUAUUUUUAUUAUUUUGCAUUAAAGUUAAACAAAAAAAAAUA